AUGCCACCCAUCUCCGCCUCGAAACAAAAACGACUCGCCGAAAAAGCCGCCAAAGCGAACGCCAAGGCCAAAGGCAAGGCGGGAUCGAGCGAUGCCACGUCCUCGGUGACUGGCACGGGCACGUCGACGCCCGCGGGGAGCAACGGGUACUCUACGCCCUUGACGAGCCAGAGUGGGGCGGGCAGCCAGGAGGACCUGAUGAGCAUGGCCAGGCUGAACAUUGCUACUGACAGGAGCGCGGCUGGUGUGCUGGUGUCAGACCCCAAAGGCCGCGAUAUCAAGAUCGAUUCGUAUACGCUCUCGUUCCACGGCAGGCUCCUCAUCGAGGGCGCCGAGGUGUCGCUCAACUAUGGAAACAGAUACGGUUUGCUGGGUGAUAACGGAUCUGGCAAGUCCACAUUCCUCACCUCGAUUGCCGAACGCGACAUCGAAAUCCCCGACCACAUCGAUAUCUACAUGGUGAGCGGCGAGGCCGACCCCUCCGACAUCAACGCCGUCGACUUUAUCAUCGCCUCCGCCCGCGAAAAGGUCGCCAAGCUCGAGACAUACAUCGAGGAGCUGUCCAUCCAAGAGGACGUUGACGAGCUCGCGCUCGAGGCCGCGUACGAGCAGCUCGAGGAGAUGGACCCCAGCACCUUCGAGGCCAAAGCCAUGUCCAUCCUCCACGGUCUCGGCUUCUCGCAGGAGAUGAUGCGCCGGCCGACAAAAGACAUGUCCGGCGGCUGGCGCAUGCGCGUCGCCCUCGCCCGGGCCCUAUUCGUCAAACCUCACCUGCUCCUCCUCGACGAGCCCACGAACCACUUGGAUUUGGGCGCCGUCGUGUGGCUUGAAGCGUAUUUGUCGACGUAUAAUCAUAUUCUGGUUAUUACGAGUCAUUCGCAGGAUUUCAUGGAUAGCGUGUGCACGCAUAUUAUGGAUUUGACGCAUAAGAAGAAGUUGGUGUAUUAUCAUGGCAAUUAUUCGACGUAUGUCAAGACCAAGGCGGAGAAUGAGACGAAUCAGAUGAAGGCGUAUCAUAAACAGCAGGAGGAGAUUGCUCAUAUCAAAAAGUUCAUUGCGUCGGCGGGUACCUAUGCCAACCUUGUGCGACAGGCCAAGUCGAAGCAGAAGAUUAUCGAUAAGAUGGAGGCGGCUGGUUUGGUUGAGAAGGUGGAGACGCCCAAGCCUUUGCGAUUCAACUUUGAAGACGUGACGCGUCUCCCGCCUCCCAUCAUCGCCUUUGAUGGUGUUGCGUUUUCGUAUUCGGGCAAGAAGGAAGAUUAUUUGUAUCAGGGGUUGAGUUUUGGUAUCGAGGGUUGGAUCGCGCUGGGCCUUGUGUUUGAAUCGUGCUGGGGAUCGGGUUGGAUCGUGCUGGCGACUGGGUUGGAUCGUGCUGUGGUUUGGUCGAAUCGCGUUGGGGCUUGGUCGGGGUUGGGCCUGCGGUCAGCUUUGGGAGGUUGGCGUAGGGUCGGACGUGGCUUGUCUCUCGACUUGGUUGUUCUGGCUGCCACCGGUCUCCAUCCUGGUCGAUUCGUAUCCCUGGACGUUGCUGCUCUCGUCUGUCUCCGCAUGUUACUGCUCUCGUCUGUCCGCAUGUUACUGCUCUCUAUGGACUCGCGUAUUGCCAUUCUUGGUGCGAACGGCACUGGCAAGUCGACGCUGCUUCAUUUGAUUACUGGGGCUUUGCAGCCUUGUGAAGGCACGAUCUCGAAGCACAUCUCGCUCAAGUUGGCCAAGUACUCUCAGCACAGUGCUGAUCAGUUGCCUUAUGACCAGAGUCCGAUCGAGUAUUUCCAGAGUUUGUUUGGUGAGAAGUAUCCUGAUAAGGAUGUUCAGGGAGGUUUGGGAGGUUUGGAUGGUUAUACGUUUGUGGGGGUUGAGAUGAUUUGGGAGUUUCGUUUUUAUCUCUUCUGGCGAGCCCAGCUUGGACGGUUCGGUCUUAGUGGAGCGCAUCAGACGAGUCCGAUUAGGCAGUUGAGUGAUGGGUUGAGGAAUCGCGUCGUCUUCUCGCAACUCUCAAUGGAACACCCGCACGUCCUCUUGCUCGACGAGCCUACCAACCACUUGGACAUGAACUCUAUCGAUGCUUUGGCGAGGGCGAUUAAAGAGUUUGAGGGUGGAGUUGUGAUUGUUAGUCAUGAUUUUAGGUUGAUUAGUCAGAGGGAUGGUGCGGAGGGGGGUGCGGGAGGGGGAGAGGGAGAGGGUGGAUGGAGGGGGAGGAGAAGAGGAGGAACGAGGCCUAACCCUAACCCUAAGAGGAGGAACGAGGGGCUUGUGGACUUGGGGAUCAUCUUCUGUGUCUCCCUCGUCGUUCGUUCUCGAACCCCGGCUUCCCCUUCUCGCCAUCGUACCUUCCCUGCCUCUGCCUCGCGAACGUUUGUUCACCCGUUUUCUCCAUCGCUUUCUUCCCCUUCCUGCCAUCGUUUCUUCCCCAUCUCCCCAUCCUGCCAUCGUUUCUUCCCCAUCUCCCCAUCGCUUUCUUCCCCAUCUUCCCAUCGCUCCUUCCCCAUCUCCCCAUCGCUCCUUCCCCAUCCCCCCAUCGCUCCUUCCCCCGGUUAUCUUCUGGAAUGGACAAAACGUUGA